GACCAAAAAUAAAUAAACAUUAAAUUGAAGGUGUUAGAAAAAUACGGUGAGAUGAGAAGUUCCUAAGAAACAACCUAUCGGUGGCAUGUCUUCAUAAUACUUAAUUAAAAUGAGCAAGACAUGGAUAAAACUAAUAUUAUCUUCAUUGUGAAAGCACUCUGUCUUUUGUGCCUUCCUGUGUAUAUAAAUGGAAUUCAAUUCCUAACGCAGAACCGAAACGCAUACAAUUUCCUCUGAAAUUUACUUCUGCUUUCUGAAUUCCACAUUGUGGUUGAAAUGGCAAUGCUGAGAACACUAGUGGGUUUGGCUGUUACGGGCAUGCUCAUCAAUGUAGCCAUGGCAACAAGUUACACUGUUGGAUCUCCCAAUGGUGGCUGGGAUCUAACCACCAACCUGCAAGGAUGGGCAUCGUCACAAUCAUUUUCUGCCGGAGACAGUUUGGUUUUUCAGUACACACCAAACCAUGUUGUGCUUGAAGUUACGAAGGCUGACUAUGACUCCUGCCAGACUAGUAACCCGCUUCAGACGCAUACUGGCACCAACACAGUCAUUGCUCUCCCUUCUCCAGGAAAGAGAUAUUUCAUCUGUGGAACCCCGGGGCAUUGUGCCCAAGGAAUGAAGCUUGAGAUUGACACGCUUGCAACUUCUGCACCACCGCCAACUUCCCCAGCUACCCCUCCACCAACAGCAACUCCUACAAACCCACCACGGGCUUCCCCAGUUUCCAAAAUUACCCCUCCACCAACAGCAACUCCUGCAAGUCCACCGCAUGCUUCACCAAUCACCCCUGUUUCCUCACCACCACCUAAAAGUGUAGCUCACACACCCAUGCAUUCUCCGUUAUCUGCUCCUGCAAUGUCUCCUCCAAUGCUACGCAAAUCACCUGUGAGCAGUCCCACUUUCACGUGA